ACUCUUGCAUAGGCGACUACCGACUAGCCGGUAGCCUACUCCAAGCAUAACGAUUCAUUCUUCGUCAGCGAAGCUAUUCAAACGCACAGGUCUGGAAAUUGUGCCGAGUGUAGUUACGUCACGCGGUGGCAGUGCCAGGGACGUGUGAAUACCAGCGCUUAACAAUUAUUCAAUAACGAUACAGUAAUGGAAUGUCACCACUCAAUAGCGAUCCGAAAACGUGGCAACAUCUUCUAACCCACGCAACGCGUACCUGAACAUUGGAAUUACGUUCCAGCUAAAUGGUUGCCAAUUUAAUUUGUGAAUACUGCAUAUAGACCUAGCUGCUACACGUUUGUGCAUCCCUACUGGAGGCCGCUGGAAAAUUCGAAAAAAAAAAAAAAAAAAAAGGAACGCAUUCAAUAAAAGUUCCCCAAACGACCUGGAGAAUCUGAGAAUAUCUUCUGUUAAAUCACGUAACCGAGAACAUUGAGAGAAAGAUCCCUUUUUAAAAGCUAGUUCAAAGUCUCUAGCUGGCCUAUAUAUAAUCCAAUCUGCCUGAUUUGAUUGGAGUUCAAGUCAAAAGCCUACGGAUAAGAGACCGGAAUAUCAAUGGACCAUUAUUCCUUUUUUUUUUUUUUUUGUCCGCGUAUACUGAUCUAGCCAAGAGUAGUACAAGAAUAGCACUGUACCAGUGGGCCCGAUUAUACUGAAAGUAAGGGAAAGAAAUGUCAUAGCGCAAUCAAUCACAAUCUUCAGAGUCAACCAAAUCGCUAGUGGUUUCCGUGUUCCGUGUUCAGUCAAAUUUUGGGCAUACAGGCCUAUUAUCAUCUGUAUACUGCCUACAUCCUAACGGCUUCGAACACCUCCUGUGGUUCCAGCUUUCUUCAAUGCAGCUGCAACGGACGGCGAUGGAAGUCUUCCCCCUUUUUCAUCUCUUUUUAGUGAUGUCUUUCACAGGUGGGGCUUUGGCUCUGAAGAUUGUACAGGUGAAAGUCCCACUGGCGGCAUUAAUAGGUCACAGUGUUCAGCUGGAAUGCAUCUAUUCAUUGGAUGGGGAUUCACUCUAUGCUGUGAAAUGGUACCGCGGAGUCGACGAGUUUUACCGCUACGUCCCCGCUGAAGAACCACGUGCCACAGUUUUCAGUCUAAAUGGAAUAGAGGUUGAUCUUGAUGAAUCAAACGCAAAUCGAUUGGUACUACGAUCGAUCACGGCAGAGACUGCUGGCCGCUUCCGCUGUGAGGUGUCGGCUGAGGCGCCCUCUUUCGAAACUGUUUCCGGUCACGCCGACAUGACAGUAGUCCAGCUUCCUCAACGUGGACCAGUCAUCUCGGGAGGCAAACCCCGAUAUUCCGUGGGUGAUCAAGUAGAUUUGAAUUGCACGUCAAUGCGCUCUUCACCGGCCACAAACCUGACCUGGUACAUCAACGGAGAACCGGCUGAACGGCAUCAUCUUCAGGUGUUCCCUAUUGUCGAAGAUAUUGAUGGCUUGGAGACUUCUAUGCUAGGUCUUCAUUUCACAAUAAAAACGCGACACUUUCGAAAGGGCGACCUUAAACUUAAAUGUACGGCCACGUUGGCGGCGCUUUACUGGCAGAGUAACGAAGCCAGCGCCGAACCAGAUCGCCCUGUUCAUCACCAGCGGUCAUCCUCGUCUGAGGUUUAUAUGGAUAGCAACAGCAGAUCAACUUUGGCAUCCGCAGCUUUCACUGUUCAUUUUUUAGGGCAACUGCAACGAUCCACUCUUUUGGUGUCCUUCACAUUAGUGACUUUGAUCUAUUUUGUUAGUCUCAGUUAAUUACAAUUUCAAUGCAUUUUUUUUCAAUAUUCAUGUACCUCGUACCAUUUCAAGAGCUCUCCUUUUCUCAUUCCACUUUCGAAAUGAAAUUGCACAUUUAGAA